AUGUGUGUGUGUGUACGGCUGAGUGGGUGGGGGUGUUGCUUCCCAAGUGUAAGGAGCACACUGCAUCUUCCCCGAGCUCUCUGUGACAGGCCUACAUACAUCACCACCCCCAGCACCUCUGUUUCUCUCUACUCUCCCUCUUCAUCAUCUCUAUUCCCUCUCUCCCACCCUCCAUCCAUCCAGCUCUCCUCACUGCCUCUGCUCACCUGCUUCGUCUCUCCAGAGUGCCACGAUCGCUUCUCCCCUCUUUCACCUGCUCACCACCCCCUGCUCCUCUCGCCAGGCCUCCCCAAGCACUCUGCCGUGGGCAGGGCAAAUAUAAACACUCUGGCAGCAGAGAUGGGGAUAGAGCGAGGGCCGGCUGGGGAGCGGGCCAGUCAAAAGGUCUGUGCCAGCCGCUGGCGCCCCGGGCCAUGUGCUGGUUGUCGUAUGGACUUUGGCAGUAUCGUCGUGGUGACAGAGACAGGAGCAGAUGUGACUCUGGUUGCCGGGCGUUUGGCAGGAGCACUCAUCGUCAUCGUGACAGAGAUGCAGCUGGACGGCACAUCAUCUGUAGCUGUAGUGUAG